UAUGGUUUUUUGGCGUCUGGUAGGUUAGUAUAAUCGCAAGAGCCCUCGAGUAAGGAUCACUCACUGAGCUGAAGAAACCUGAAAAUGUUUAUUUUACCUCUUGUUCUGUGGAUGGCUUCCACAAAUAUUUGCCUGGCCCAGUAUUUUAUUAAUCGGCCCAACCACAACCUUCAGGAGUUCAAGUUUCCCUCAGAAAACAAGGAGCUGCCAAUAGUUUUUGAGUGGAAGAACAUUCAAUAUGGUUUCCCCAGCGAACAGGAAAGGGAGCAAGUGCUCCGAAAUGGUCGCUAUAACCCAGAUAGUCCCAUACCCAUCGAUAUUGAUGUCUAUUACCCACGCAAUGGUGGUCCGGCUCGCCACUUUGUGACAACACCUCGUUUUGGACAGGGAGUUCCCUAUUCUCUGGCCUACGUUACGAAUGUGCAGGGGCGAAAUGGCAGUGAGAUCCAGGCAUACCCCAGUUACCAAUGGCACAGUAGCCAUGGAGCGAACUGCGAUGGCCUGACAUCCGUGUAUCGAGUCCACAUCGAUCCCUGCGGUCGGAUGUGGGUCCUGGACAGUGGCGAAAUAGAGUUUGUGCAGCACUGCGCCCCACAAGUGGUGGUCUUCGACUUGGCCACCGACCAGUUGGUCCAUCGCUAUCGCUUACCCGAAACCUCUUACAAGGCGAAAGUGAGCAGAUUCGUGAACAUCUUAGUGGACACCAGGGAUCCACCGCCCAAGGGACAAUGCAAUGAUGUUUUUGCCUAUCUGGCCGAUCCCACCAGUAAGGCCAUCGUGGUGUACGAUGUGGCAGGUCAAAGUUCGUGGCGCAUUGAGAACAAGUUCACCUAUCCGGAUGCCAAAUUCGGCACCCACACGGUGGCAGGUGAGAGUUUCGAGCUAUUGGAUGGACCUCUGGCCCUGGCAGUGACUCCAUUGGGUCUGGGAAUGCGCCGCCAUCUGAUUUUCCACGCCUUGUCCAACGAACUGGAAUUGGCCAUCCCACUGGAUAUCCUGAAUAAUGCCACAAACUGGCAAAGUGGCUUAAGUGCCUCCCUCUCGGAGUUUGUGUCCCUGGGCAGAAGGGGAGUUCAGUGCGCCUCGCAUGCGAUGAGCAGGCGGGGAAUAUUGUUCUGCGGCUUCCUAGAGCCCAUCGGCAUAUUCGGCUGGGACAUACGAACACCCUACAACCGGCAGAGUGUCCAACUGUUGGCCCUAAAUCCGGAUACCCUGCAGUUUGUGAGCGGAAUGAAGAUUGUGCAGAGACCUGCGGAUGGGCGGGAGGAACUGUGGCUGCUGUCGGACCGGCUGCAGAAGAUAUUUGCCGGAACCAUCGACUACAGGGAAAUCAAUUAUCGGGUGCUGCGAUGCGAUGUGGACGACCUGCUGCAGGGGCGGGGCUGCUUUUAGAACCCAGACCCUUCAGAACUGAGAGGCUGGCUGUGUAAACACUCUUUAAGCCGCCAUAAAAGAUGUCCAUCCAUUAAUCUUGGGACUAUUCGAAAGUGUUUGCUUGGCCGCCACAGGUACACGACCUUUGUCUUUGAUUACGAUUGACCAUCGUAACAUCGUUUUACACUCGGAAAAAUAUUUACAAAUAAAUCAAACUUUAUUGGGAGUUCAAUUCA